AUGUCUUCAGAAAAGCUCUUAACCUUAAAGACCAGGGACGGUGAAGAGUUUGUAUUAGAAGAGGCAAUGGCUUUUAGGUCGCUAACCAUCAAGAACGCAACUUCAAACUACACCAUUAAUAAUACUCCUCUGCCUAUCAAUGUCGAAAUCAAUACAAUGAUCAAAGUGAUUGAAUACUGGAAGAAACACUCGGAGAGAGGUAUCUCAGAGGACGAGUUGAUGAAUUUUGACAAGAAAUUCUUUAAGUUAUUGCACAACUCCGAAUUGUUUGAUCUCGUAGUAGCUGUUGAUUAUCUUGCCGAUAAGGGGUUGUCCAAUGCGGCAUGUGAACAAGUUCUUGACAAAAUCACAGGGAAAACACCACAAGAAAUACGUGAUAUUUUCAACAUCAAUAAUGAUUGUACCCCUACUAGCUUGGGCGGUUGA